UCACGAAAUGAGGAAGUGACGUCAGGACAUGUGACAUCCCCCUUGCAGCUGAAGUACUUGAAAAGGAGCAACGCUCUACAUUUUAGGAAAUAUUCCUUAGUGUUGAAAUUGAGACUCGGGGUUUCAUUUUUUUCUUUCGGUUUAAGUAGAUUUAUAUAGAGGCAUUUCUGUUAAAGCAUACGCCUUCGAUUUUAAGCAUAGUGUUUUUAUUUUGGAUCAUCAAUAGUUGACAGAAACUAAAAGACCGUGAAGAUGGUACAGAUUAAGAGAAUCUGCUGUAUUGGUGCUGGCUACGUUGGAGGUCCGACCUGCAGCGUCAUUGCUCAAAUGUGCCCUGAAAUCACAGUAACAGUCGUGGAUGUAAACGAGGAUCGGAUUAAAGCCUGGAACUCGGACAGCCUUCCCAUCUUUGAGCCUGGUCUUCAGGAAGUGGUGGAGUCCUGCCGCGGCGUUAACCUCUUCUUCUCCACUGACGUUGACGAGGCUAUCAAAGAAGCAGACCUAGUAUUUAUUUCAGUAAACACACCGACCAAGACGUUUGGGAUUGGUAAAGGUCGUGCUGCAGACCUGAAGUACAUUGAGGCGUGUGCCCGUAGGAUAGCAGACGUGUCCAAUGGGUGUAAGAUCGUAGUGGAGAAGAGCACAGUGCCCGUCAGAGCGGCUGAGAGCAUCCGGAGGAUAUUCAACGCCAACACCAGAUCCAGCCUCAACUUCCAGGUCCUCUCCAAUCCAGAGUUUUUGGCUGAAGGGACAGCCAUUUCUGACCUGAAGAACCCAGACAGAGUGCUUAUUGGUGGAGAUGAGACCCCAGAGGGUCAAAGGGCGAUUGAGGCUCUCCGCAGCAUCUAUGAGCACUGGGUACCCAAGACUAAAAUCAUCACCACCAACACCUGGUCAUCCGAGCUCUCCAAACUGGCUGCCAAUGCUUUCCUGGCUCAGCGCAUCAGCAGUAUCAACUCCAUUAGUGCCCUCUGUGAAGUGACGGGCGCCGAUGUGGAGGAGGUGGCACAUGCCAUCGGCACAGACAAGAGAAUUGGGAGCAACUUUCUCAAGGCCAGUGUUGGUUUUGGUGGUAGCUGUUUCCAGAAAGAUGUUCUCAACCUGGUUUACCUCUGCGAAGCUCUCAACCUCCCUGAAGUAGCCAGGUACUGGCAGCAGGUGAUCGAGAUCAACGAUUAUCAGCGCCGACGCUUCUCCUCUCGUAUCAUCGGCUGCCUCUUCAACACUGUGACUGACAAGAAGAUUGCUCUGCUCGGGUUUGCCUUCAAAAAGAACACCGGUGACACAAGAGAGUCCUCCAGUAUCUACAUCAGCAAGUACCUGAUGGACGAAGGGGCUCGUCUGCACGUUUAUGAUCCGAAAGUUAAGAAAGAGCAGAUUAUUCAGGAUCUCUCCCAUCCCACCAUCUCUGAAGAUGACCCAGACAGAGUGUCCCGCCUGGUUACCAUUUCCACUGAUCCCUAUGAGGCAUGUGAAAACGCUCAUGCUAUUGUAAUUUGCACAGAGUGGGACAUGUUCAAGGAGCUGGACUAUGAAAGGAUCUGCAAGGCCAUGUUGAAGCCAGCAUUCAUCUUUGAUGGUAGAAGAAUCCUGGACAGUCUAUACGAUAAGCUGCAGAAUAUGGGCUUCCAGGUGGAGACGAUUGGCAAGCGAAUUAGUCAGAAGAUUCCAUUCACCGUCAACAAUGACAUUGCAAAAGUAGAUCUCCAAGCCCCUCCUACUAAGAAAAGCAAAUCUUAAACUACACUUGUUUUUAAUGUGUGUGUUUUUUAGUGUGUGUGUAGGGCAGUGGGGUUUAUAUACAGUAUUAAAGGUAUUUUUUUUAUUUUACUCAUGACAUUUAAAAAUGCUGCUGCAGGGCAUACUUUGCCGCUGGAGAUGUCUCCUGUUCAUAUUAUCUGUACCAGAUAUAUUCAUAUUUUAGAAAAGGUGACAUUUUGUGAGACAGAAGUGGACAAUGUGAUUUGGUGAAAGCGCCCCACUUUCCCGCUGUGGACCGCGUUCCUCUUGUUCGGUGGAACAGCCCGCUCUGCUUGAUGAGCCGUUCCACACGUGGUGAAACAUGGCGGCGCUCCGCAGGUACAGCUGUGUUCUAAUAUUAGCUCCAUGACAAACUACUACUGCAAUACUGGCAAAACACAAUAAAUGUAGCCUCAGCUUUUACAAUGCUCUGUACUGUAUAGCGAGAAGUUUUAUAUAUUUGACCCAUAGUAAUAUUAUAGCUUGAUUACAUAUGCUGAACAAGCAUGGAACAAGCUGAACAUGUCCAAGUCUGCAGGGACACAACAUAAACACACAUAUUCAGUUAGAAGUGAAGCGGCUCUGCCCAUUUUAAUGUGUGUGUAUUUCUAGCAAAGGUUGAUAUGUCAAAGGCUACAGGUGCCUUGCAGACAUUUCAGGAUUCCAAAAAGAGGUUAAGGUUACAUCGUCCACUAUCAACAGGGAAAUGUACUUUACAUUGGAGUACUGCUUCAAAUAUUUACCAAACAAGUCUAGUAGUGGCAGACUUCUUGUGUGUGUUGUUGUUAUAUACAAAACAGAAUAACAAGGAGAAAUACCGGUACUGGGAUGGCUCAACAUAUAAAAAAGUGUUUCAAAGGUAACACUUGGUACGUGUUCUUACUUUUAAUUACCGUGUAAUUGCAUUCAAAACUGAUUGAAGCUUUUAAUGGGAGAAUGCGUACAUUUUGCAAGAUUGUAAUUUGAAAUAAGGAAUGGUUUUAAAAAGUAAAAAAAAAGCAAUAAGCACUGUUCUCCUCCUUGCCUAUGUUGAUAGUUACAGCUGUGUAAAAACGAUCACGGUUUCAGAAGAUGGUGUAAAUAUGUGGUAGAACAUGCGAAGCAUUACUAAAACACAAACCCUGCUUAAGGUAUCAUUUUGUUUGAUGAUGCAUUUUAGAUUUUAUUUAAUGGCAUAGUUACUGUUUGUUUCUACUUAUAUAUUCAACUAAACAAAGAUAAUUGUUCUGCAUCCAAUAGGAUUGGAACAUAGACUAGAAUUAUGUAUGUAUGUAUAAAUGGGGCUGUUUUACAGGUCAAUUUGAUUAGGGUCAAAGAAAGUAAUUGUCAACUGCAGAUUUACAGAUUUCACAUGACCAUGUACUGUGUAUUUUAUUAUUAUUUUAAUUAAAAAUCUUAAGCAUUGCUGUGGAAGUGAUCUUUUCAUAUUGGGAGGAAAUAUGUUUCCAAUCUAAUAUCUUCGAAUUGGACCAAAUGGCAUUUCAGUGAGUCGUUGGUUGGCUAAAUAGUGCUUUAUUAUCGAUUCCAAGGGUGAAACCGCUGUAAAAACACUCCUCUGCAUCUUUUAGUCCUUAAUGUUGCCCUUCAUCAGUUCAGGGCAAGCUGGACUUGUAUCAGACUGUGUGUCCUUUCUGUUUUGAAGUAUUCAAGUGAAUCAUGUAAGAUGACGGAGCAGUAGCUCCUUGAGUAUUUUAUGUAUGAUAUAGACCACGUCUCGUCUGCUUAUUUUGAACUUUCACUGGGAAUUUAAUGUAAUAUUUCAUACUCGGCUUCCUAAUAAAGGUAUGUUUUUAAGAUA